AGAGCGGACUUUAUGCUCAUCUGCCGCCUAAUAGGGACGUGGAGCGUCCGCUCGGCUCCGCACGGCGGCGGCAGCAGGGGCCGGGCUCAGUUUCCGGGUUUGGCGUCUUUGUGCACACGGCACCUGGCUGGUGCAGCGCGCACAACACCAACGUGUUACUGUUUACCACCAGCCUGUGUUCAGCUCUCACUCAGACACGUGUGGCUGCUCCAGUGGCUGGACGUGUUUUAUUUUACUAAUUUAUCCUCGAAUAACGUCACUGAGCUUCGGCCGAAGCACGCCAUGAGCACGAGGCCUGGGCCGCAACCUAGUCACGUCCAUCAGCGUUCUACGAGCCUUACGAAACAGCCGCUGCUAGCAUGGAGGCUAACAGGCUAAUAUAAAGCUCACAAACCAGACAAAUACGACCAUUAACAAAUUUGGAUGAGUUGCUGUAAAUAGUUGCAUAAAAUACGUAAUCUGAGAGAUGAUGGAGGAGGACAACAGUAGAGUCGCCUUGAUGGCGAUGUUUCUGCUCGCUGUGAGCUUCCCGGACUUCGGCGGGUCGACCAGCCCCGACUGCAGCCCGUCCACCACAGAGGCCGGCAGCAGGGUGCAAUUUCUGUCGGGUGUGGUCAACAAACAGAGAGCUGAACAAAGUCAGAGGCAACACUUGGAAGCUCUGUUUAACAGAUACGGAGAAAACGGCACCAUCUCUCUGGCUGGUUUAAAGCGUCUUUUACAAAAUGUGGGAUUGGACCGCAUCAGAACUGUUAUGGUGCAGCAUCACGAGCAACCUGGACACCAUACCCAUCACCAUGACCACCAUCAUCACCACCACCACCACAGUAUCCAUGACAACAACUCACAUCCCCAGAAACAUGUCCACACUGAACCCUCACAGCCCAGGAUGUCCAUGAAUCCUCCAAACGUCUCAGAUGUCACGCGGGGAAAGAAGGAGGCGGUCCAGGAGCUUGGAACUACAUCGGUGUUCAGUGCUCAGCUGGUGGUGAAGCCAGAUGGAGAUCAGAAGGGGCAAGAUGGCAGCGCAGAGCAGUCCACUCCUUCAGCACAGCCAAACACUGGGACAACUGCUGCUAUGCUGGUCACUGAAAGCCAGAAGCAGACACUUGGAAUGGGUCAGGAAGAUGAUCGCAGCGGUGGCCCUGUUGAUCACCACGACCACGCCCACGAUCAAGCCCACGAUCACACCCACAAUCAUGACCACGAUCAUGACCACGACCAUGAAGACCAUGAAGAGUGUAUGAACGCCUCCAGCAUCCUCUUUUCACAUGGGAUUUCCCAGGAGGGGGGUCUCAGCCUCGGUGACUUUGGAUACCUCUGCCCCGCCCUGCUCAACCAGAUCGAUGGGGGAGCGUGCCUCCUGCAUGGUGACCCCUAUGGACACGAUCAUAAACAUCAUAAACAUGCGCAUGGCCACCACAGUGAACACAACCACUCUGACCACAACCACAGUGAGCACGCUGGUGUAGAGAGUGGCAGAAGCAUCACCACAGCGUGGGUCGGCGGCUUCGUCUCCAUCACCAUCAUCAGCCUGCUCUCUCUGCUCGGCGUCGUCCUCAUCCCGCUCAUGAACAAAGUUUUCUUCAAGUUCCUGCUCAGCUUCCUGGUGGCGCUGGCUGUCGGCACGCUGAGCGGCGACGCCUUCCUGCACCUCAUCCCCCACUCUCAGGGAGGCCAUGAUCACCACCAUGAGGAUUCUGAGAUGAAUAUGGAGGGACAUCACGUCCAUGAGGAAAACCUGGAUGCCGUGUGGAAGGGUCUGACUGCUCUGAGUGGGGUCUACUUCAUGUUUCUCAUUGAGCACUUCCUGACGCUGGGAAAAAUGUACAAAGACAAGAAACAAAAGAAAAAGUGGGAUCAGAAUGACAAAGCGGAUCCCGAAAAGCAGCCUGCUCUGGAAGAGAACGACCUGAAGCCAACUGAAGACGUGGAGACUAAUGGUGCUGGCACAUUUGGAGACCACUCGAGCAGCCUGCACGGCGGCAGCGUGGCCGAGGAGGAGCAGGUGAUGCUGGCGCCACAGGUGUCCACCGUCUCGCCCCAGGGCUACAGCGGCGCCUCGGUGGCCGCCGCCUACACUGCAGAGGACUGCGAGAACAAAUGCCACUCCCACUUCCACGACACGGUGGGCCAGGCCGACAGCAUGCACCACCACCACCACGACUACCACCACAUCCUGCACCACCACCACUCCCAGAACCACCACCCACACAGCCACUCCCAUUCCUACUCAGAGCAGCACUUCCAGCAGGCGGGCGUGGCCACGCUUGCCUGGAUGGUCAUCAUGGGAGAUGGACUGCACAACUUCAGCGACGGCCUGGCUAUCGGCGCUGCCUUCACUGAGGGGCUGUCCAGUGGUCUCAGUACGUCUGUGGCUGUUUUCUGCCAUGAGCUGCCACACGAGUUAGGUGACUUUGCUGUGCUCCUAAAGGCUGGUAUGACGGUGCGUCAGGCCAUUCUCUACAACGUCCUGUCGGCCAUGAUGGCGUACCUGGGUAUGGUGACUGGUAUCUUACUAGGACAUUACACUGAGAACAUCUCCAUGUGGAUCUUCGCCCUCACAGCGGGACUCUUCAUGUAUGUGGCUCUGGUGGACAUGGUGCCAGAGAUGUUGCAUAACGAUGCCGGGGAUCACGGCUUCAGCCACUGGGGCUUCUUCCUGCUUCAGAAUGCUGGGAUCCUGCUGGGCUUCUGCAUUAUGCUGCUAAUUGCCAUUUUUGAACACAAAAUCCAGCUGGACCUGGGAUACUGAAGGAAAGGUUCAUUUUGAGCUCUGUGUGCAUUCACUUGUUGUUGUCAUAUAGUAUGUGUAGUGUGUUUUCUUUUUUUGGUGAUUUCAUGAAGAGAAAAGUCUGGAAGUCCUUUUGAUUUAAGUCGUAAUAUGUGUAAAGAAGCUUCAGUUCCAAGUCUGCAAACACAAACAUUCAUUAGAACAAUCAUUUAGAGUCAACUGACAUCAUAACUGCACAUCAUUGUCUCCCACUACCACCACAUGUACAAUCCUUAAGUGGGACGACAUCACAGGGCAAAGUCCUGAAAACCUCAUCAACUUUCACUAUUUUAUCAGUCUAGUAACACAUGAACAGCAGAAUGGGAAACGUACCCUAUCUCUCUACAUUGAGCUCUAACUCCAUUUAGUCUGUUAUUUUUCUUUAUUUCAUCUGAUGUGUGGAUCAGUAUUCAAGUACAUACAUAUUGACAAUGCAAACGUUGUGGUCACGGAAAAUUUUAUAGUGCAGGUUUUGUCCAAGCUGUUCUCUCUACGUUGUCUAAUUUGGUUCAACAUUCCAAAAUCGGAAUUAUUCCAUAUCAUUAAUAUUCACUACGAAUUUUCAGAACCAAAAAACGUGAUGCUUUUUUUUACUUACAAACACUUUCUGUUGUUGAUUGUUGUUCUAAAUUAUAAUUGUUGCGGUGCUAAUUGUGAUCGAUUGAAAGUUCUCACAGUUUGUGGUACUGGACAGUUCAUCUAUGUAAUGUUUAUGUAGAGCCAGAAAGUGCUGGUUGACGACUAAAUGUGAUUACUGUCAUUUACUGCGGCACAGUUAAAGCCAGGUACUUUUCUGUUUAACACAGACAGACACAUGUUACCAAUGUGAAAAACCACAGGCUUUAAGGAGAGAAUUACAUUUUCUCUGUUAGCUGUAUCUGCAGAAAAUCCGUCCAUUAACAGGCACUGUUGAAGGAAAAGUCUCCAUAGACCAUUUUAGUUUAAAUUAAACUGUUUUGGUUGCUCUUGAAAUGGAGGAAAUAACUAAUAUAAAAUAAUUAACUUUUUUUAAUUGAGAUUUUUUAAUGUUCUGUUGUUAAACGGAAAGUUCUGAGACGCAGCAGCGCCACCUGUUGCCAUAUGUUAAGGUUUAUGUUGAAUUAACUUCAGACUGACUCAUUAGUGUGAUUAGACGGAGCAUAGUGAUGUGGAACACAUUAUUCAUGCUGCUUUGUCAUUUUGUUCUAAACGUGGACUGCGAUGUUACAAAACACACGACCAAACAUGUAGUUUUGCCUUUAGUGGGUCUUUUUGUCAACUAAUAUUUUCAACAUUUGUCUGAUUUCCUAAUAAUAUGCCCUUCCUGAGUUUUUUUUUUACCAGAGGCUCUGGUGAGGAAUUGUUUUAUAUUCUGUCUGGUUUAUUCAUGCUCAUGCAGCUCUGAACAGUCGAUCAAACGCCUGCAGACAUAUUGAUGCAUGUUGAAGUGGGACUGACGGUCUUUUAGGGAUGGGUCCAUGAAAAGCUGUUGAUCAGAUACAGUCAGGUCAUCGUUAGUGUUUUUUGUGGACACAUUAUAGUGACUGUCUACUGUACCUUUUUUUAGUUUAAUGUUUUAAUUGUUAUGUUACACUCAAGGCUGCUUCAUUUCUAACACAUACCAAGGUACCUUAAACUGCUUAAACUUAGAAAACAAGUUUAGUCCCAUCACUGAACAAAGGUGUAUAUGUUACAUAUAGUAUUAUAUGUCUAUAUACUUGCGUAAAAUAUGGUAUAGGGUCAAAUUAGUUUCUGUUGUCACUCUUUGCUGUCUGUUGUGUAGAAUGUGCUUCAUCAUAUUUGAGACAAACAAAAUUUAAAUUCAGUGAAUUACGAACAUGCGGGAAUUCACACAGGAGGGAGGUUUUCAGUUUUAUGUGUAAAACUAUGCAAAGUGUCAUCAGUCUAUCGGUUAACAGAGGGAACAGAAACACACAUACAGUCAGAGCUCAGGUAGAAAUAGCUUAAAUGUUUGUUAUUUCAUGUGAGAGUAAAUGAGCACUUACGAUGCUGUCAAACAUGCAGGCCAGCUCAUUUUUAGAGAGAAGUAAAAAUAUUAAAAACUGGAAUACGACUAUGUAAAUGUGCAGAUGUGACAUGUUCUGGCCCAGUAGGUAGUUUGCUGCUGAGCGGUUGUGGUGUUGAUGUUAUUUUAUCCACCUCUGUACUGAAUCAUUGACUGCUUUGGUUUUGGCUCACUGUGCUGUCCCACAUUCCUGAAUACAAAUAAACUUGGUCACCAUCCCAGGA